AUGCAUGCCAGAAACCCACAUUCUCCUUUUCAAAGACAACAUAUGAUGGAUUGCGAUCUCUCAGCGCAGCAGGACACGGGGACCAUGCAAGCUGUAAUUGGUCAGGAUCCAAUGAUAGCUGGACAAGUCAGUAAGCCCUUGCUGUCAGUGCGGAGUGAAAUGAAUGCGGAGUUGAGAGGUGAGGACAAGGCUGCUAGUUCAGACAGCGAGCUGAAUGAGCCCCUGCUUGCGCCUGUGGAAUCAAAUGACAGCGAGGACACUCCCAGCAAGCUCUUCGGGGCCAGAGGAAACCCGGCAGCUUCAGAUCCAGGCACCCCUGACCAACACCAGGCCAGUCAGACCCACCCCACAUAUCCGGUUGGGCCACAGCCACUUCUGACGGCACAGCAGCUGGCCUCUGCUAUCACUGGCGUGAUGCCUGGAGGCACGCCUGCCCUCAACCAGCCUAUCCUCAUUCCCUUCAACAUGGCCGGACAGCUAGGAGGGCAGCAAGGACUGGUCCUCACACUGCCUACAGCGAAUCUCACCAACAUCCAAGGGCUGGUAGCAGCAGCUGCAGCCGGAGGCAUUAUGACUCUGCCAUUGCAAAAUCUACAAGCUACCUCAUCCCUGAACUCCCAACUACAACAGCUCCAGCAGCUCCAGCAACUCCAGCAGCAGCAGCAGCAGCAGGGGCAACCUCCACAGCCAACCAGCCAGCACCCGCCAACAACCCCGCAGCCUCCGCAGCCCCAGGCCACCCCGCCCCAGCAGCCGCCACCUGCCUCCCAGAAACUGCCAGCUCCCACGUCUCAGCUCCAACAGGCUCCUCCGCCCCAGCAGCAGCAUCAGUCCCAUCCCCACGCCCAGAACCAGAACCAACAGUCUCCAACUCAGCAGAGUUCAAGCCCCCCUCAGAAACCCAGUCAGUCCCCAGGACAUGGCCUGCCGUCGCCGCUCACGUCACCCAACCCUCUGCAGCUGGUUAAUAAUCCGCUAGCAAGUCAGGCUGCGGCGGCUGCGGCAGCAGCAGCCAUGGGCUCCGUAGCAAGCACACAGGCCUUUGGCAAUGCCCUCUCCAGCCUUCAGGGGGUCACAGGUCAACUAGUUACUAAUGCGCAAGGACAGAUCAUUGGGACCAUCCCACUGAUGCCUAGUCCCGGGCCGUCGGGCCAAGCGGCGAGCGGCACUCAGGGCCUUCAGGUGCAGCCAAUCACCCCCCAGCUCCUGACAAACGCCCAGGGCCAGAUCAUCGCCACAGUCAUCGGGAAUCAGAUCCUGCCAGUGAUCAACACCCAGGGCAUCACGCUUUCCCCCAUCAAGCCAGGCCAGCAGCUCCACCAACCCUCCCAGACGUCAAUGGGUCAAGCAGCCUCCCAAGGCAACCUCCUGCACCUGGCUCACAGCCAAGCCUCCAUGUCUCAAAGUCCCGUCCGGCAGGCUUCCUCUUCUUCCUCCUCAUCCUCCUCUUCUUCAGCUUUGAGUGUGGGCCAGUUAGUCAGCAAUCCUCAAACGGCAGCGGGUGAGGUGGAUGGGGUUAAUCUGGAGGAGAUCCGAGAGUUUGCCAAAGCUUUUAAAAUCCGGCGCCUGUCCCUUGGUCUGACGCAGACUCAGGUGGGACAGGCUCUGAGUGCCACGGAGGGCCCCGCAUACAGCCAGUCGGCCAUCUGCAGACACACCAUCCUGAGAAGCCACUUUUUCCUACCACAGGAAGCCCAAGAGAACACUAUAGCUAGCAGUCUGACAGCCAAACUGAACCCUGGCCUUUUGUAUCCUGCCAGGUUUGAAAAGCUGGACAUCACCCCUAAAAGUGCCCAGAAGAUCAAGCCGGUGCUUGAGCGGUGGAUGGCUGAGGCUGAGGCCCGCCAUCGAGCAGGUAUGCAGAACCUGACCGAGUUUAUCGGGAGUGAGCCGUCCAAAAAGCGCAAGCGGCGCACCUCCUUCACACCCCAGGCCCUUGAGAUCCUCAAUGCCCACUUUGAGAAGAACACACACCCCUCUGGGCAGGAAAUGACAGAAAUUGCUGAGAAGCUGAACUAUGACCGGGAAGUAGUUAGAGUUUGGUUCUGCAAUAAGAGGCAAGCCCUGAAGAACACGAUUAAACGCUUAAAACAGCAUGAGCCGGCCUCUGCGGUCCCUCUGGAGCCCUUAACAGACUCUCUGGAAGAAAACUCCUAA